AUGGCUCGCAACGCACUUGCAAAGGAUCAAUUCGUUAAGCUCAUUGUCGGAGCUGGACAAGCCAGUCCCAGUCCCCCAGUCGGUCCGGCCCUGGGAAGUAAAGGUGUCAAGUCUAUGGAUUUCUGCAAGGUCAUUAUUUACUAUCCCCACGGAGUACCAAGAACCAUGAGAAUAUUGACUCUUAAUCAGGAAUUCAACGCCCGCACAUCUCACAUCAUCACUGGUGUUCCCAUCCCCGCCCGUAUCACUGUUCGUCCUGAUCGAUCCUUCGCCUUCGAACUCCGCACCCCAACCACCACCUACCUCCUCCUCAACGCCGCCAAUGUCGAGCCCCGGAAGAACCGUCUACGCGGCGCGAUGAACCCCGGCCACGAGGUCUGUGGCAAGGUGUCUCUCAAGCAUGUCUAUGAGAUUGCCAAGAUCAAGCACUCCGAGACGCGGUUAUCGGGCUUGACUUUGGAGGGAGUGUGCAAGAGCGUUAUUGCCCAAGCCAAGUCUAUUGGUGUCAAGGUCGUCGCAUGA